AAUUGAAGUCGUGCAGAAUGGGCGAGUCCAGUCCAGAUAAGCAGACCGGACAGGUACAGGGAGCCGAGCGUCGCGAGUGGAGAGGAGAGAGAGAGCGAGUGGGCGAGCGAGUUGGGUUUUGAAAAUCAGCAAUUCGGUUUGAAAGGUCAGUGAAUGCGGGAGUGCCCAGAGCUGUUCUCCGAUAAUUCUCUUGUAUCUUUUGCGAAUUUUAUUCUCUUAGGUAUUUUAUUUGAUUGAUCCUCGAGAACUCUGAGAUAAGAUGGAAGAGUGCGUAAGCGACUGAGAGUUGGUGAGAGAGAGAGGGGGGAAUCUCGAGAUAGCUGCCUUUCUUGAUUUCUGAAAUUUCCGGAUUUACCUCAACAUGUCCGACCGAAAGCUUGUCGUUUUGGGCAUUCCUUGGGAUGUGGACACCGAAGGACUGAGAGAAUACAUGAGCAAGUUUGGGGAAUUAGAGGACUGCGUUGUAAUGAAGGAGCGGACCACUGGUCGAUCUCGUGGCUUUGGAUAUGUCACAUUCGCAGCAGUGGAGGAUGCACAGGCUGCAUUGACAAGUGAGCAUGUCCUUGGCAAUAGAAUGUUGGAGGUCAAAAUAGCCACACCUAAGGAGGAUUUGAGAGCUCCACCAAGUAAAGUGGCCAGGAUUUUUGUGGCUAGGAUUUCACCCUCUGUGACUGAAGCUAUGUUCAGAACUCAUUUCGAGAGGUAUGGUGACAUAACUGAUUUAUACAUGCCAAAGGAUCCAACUGCCAAGGGCCAUCGUGGGAUUGGAUUUAUCACUUUUGCAAAUGCUGAGGCAGUGGAUGAUCUGAUGGCUGAAACCCAUGAGUUGGGAGGUUCUACUGUAGUUGUGGAUAGGGCAACUCCAAAGGAUGACGACUUCCGACCAACAAGUCGAAUGCCUCAGGGUGGUGGCUAUGGUGCAUAUAAUGCUUACAUGCAUUCUGCGACUAGAUAUGCCACACUUGGUGCCCCAAACUUGUAUGAUCAUCCAGUUUCUAUGUAUGGAAGAGGGGAAGCAGCUCGUGGAAUGGGCAAAAAGAUUUUUGUUGGCAGGCUUCCUCAGGAGGCAAGUGUAGAAGACCUUCGUCAAUACUUUGGCAGAUUUGGUCGUAUUUUAGAUGUUUAUGUUCCAAAGGAUCCCAAGAGAACUGGCCACAGGGGAUUUGGUUUUGUGACUUUUGCUGAAAAUGGUGUUGCAGAUCGUGUAGCUCGAAGAUCUCAUGAAAUCUGUGGACAACAGGUGGCAAUAGAUUCAGCUACACCAGUUAAUGAUUCUGGUCCCAGUAGUAAUUUCAUGAUGAACAAUCCCGAACCAUUUGGUUAUGGUGGACCUCUGCGUACCUAUGGCAGGAUGUAUGGGAGCUUAGAUUUUGAUGACGUAAGUGUGGAUUUAUAAUUUGUUCUGUGUUAC